UCGAAACGUCGCCCUCCUCGGCGUACCGUUGCUGGUCUCCGGACAAACACGGGGGGAGGGAACUUGGAGAGAUCGAAACCCUGAGGAAGAUUUUGGGAGCGAGGGUCGAUCGAGGGAUGUCGGGCGCAGGGCAAGAGGAGGACAAGAAGCCAGCGGAUCAGUCGGCGCACAUCAAUCUCAAGGUCAAGUCACAGGAUGGAAAUGAGGUCUUCUUCAGGAUCAAGCGCAGCACUCAGCUGCGGAAGCUCAUGAGUGCCUACUGUGAUCGUCAAUCAAUGGACUUCAACGCGAUUGCUUUUUUGUUUGAUGGCCGUAGACUGAGGGGCGAGCAGUCUCCUGAUGAACUUGAAAUGGAGGAUGGGGAUGAGAUUGAUGCCAUGUUGCACCAAACUGGAGGUGGUCGGCCAAGCACAUAGAGAUAAUUCUAGUUCUAUGUUGGCUUAGAACCUUGUAAUUAGAGUAGCAGCUAGUGGAGUCAGUGGUCAAGAACUGUAGGUUAUGAACUCAUAUUUUUGGGUGACAUUAUCUUUGGGCCUUUGAUGUGUGUGUGUGGAAUGUUCACUUUCAAUUCUCUGUUCAUGGUAGUUCUGUUUUGUCAUAUGAAAUCCAUUUGGUUGAAAUGAGAAUUUAAUGUUAA